CAUAUUGAAGAGGAGCUGGUAGAAUAUAAAGAUGUAGAUGAUAUGCAAGUCUUUACCGUCCUUGAUCAGAUAAAGCCAGAAAGGGGAGAUUCAUACCAGGAAGAGUAUGUGUUUAAUGCAGAAGAAAAGGAGGAGCCCUUUCAGUAUACAGAUGAAAUGGAGGAUGAAGUUCGUCUCGUGCUUCCUGAAGACCGAGAGGCUUGUUUUAAAUGGUUUGGCGCGUCUUCAGAAGAUUUGUACAGUGAAGAAGUUGAGGCUCUGUUCCCCAAUAUCCUUGAUAUUGAUCCACGGCAGAUGACCCCGUCUGGCAUGGCGCUAUUUGCCAAGUACUUCCGCCAGGUGAACAUAUUCAAAAAGCUUCUUUUGGAGACGUCUGAUACUGAUGGCCAACUCGCGAUUCGAAUGGAUCGACCCAAUCUGGUUGGUCUUGACUUCCUUUGGCGUCUUGUACUGCAAGCACCUAACCGGCCACCUGUAGCUCAGUUAGCUCUCUCCAUCUUAGAGACGUUAUACACACAGCUCGGUCCUCAACUUGUCAGCAGUCGGAGCCGUAUCAAUGCCGAUUUUCUGACAAGUUGCUUCGAGAGGCUAGAAACAGCUACUCGUGAAGCUAUCGCUGCAGUCCAGUCUCCCCAGAUUCUGGAAGAUUCAAGGGAUUCGGCAUUGGCCGAACAUGUAGACCGAAUGGUACGUCUGCUUCACGCCCUUCGUCGUUUCAUAUGUCGUUCUGAGGCAGACGGAUUUCAGUAUCUUCCAUCUCAUAUGAAGGAGCAAGUUCGCAAUCCAAGUAAACAGCAGCAUCAGUCUUCUCCGUCAAUUUAUGAUGAUUUACCUGCUAUGAAUGAGCCUCUUAGCCGCGCCUGGUGUGGUGUUUCUUUAUUCCUCCGUGUUCAUUAUUUUGUUGCCGGAGAUAGCAGCAAUCGCUGGACAUCGUCCGCUUUGAUAGCCGACGCAUUUACGGAUACCCAGGGCCACUUGGACGCCGGUGACUUGCUUGUUGUGCAGGCCAAUGAACCACUUGGCCGAUUGAAGCAACGUUUUUUACUGCGCUGCCUUUCGAAAAUGAGGCUGAAUAUGACAAUCAGCAAAGAUUGCUUUGCCCAAUCCUCUAAGGCUUAUAAAGCUCUACAGCCUCUGCAAGGAUUGAAAUUGCCCUCAAACCCUUCUGCCUGGCAGGUGCGUCUAUUUGAGGUGCGUUCUGGCUCCAGAUCUUCCAGCAUUGUCAAUUCACAAUACCGUUCGUCUUGUCUUUUGGGGAAUUCGGCUACAACAGUUCCUGAGGCUUAUUCUGACACUUACACUCCCCACAAUUCUUCUCUACCUUCUACCAUUGUAUCUGGUGCUACUUCUGGCGUCACGGGUAUCAGGUUAAGUCCUCCAUGGGCCGGCUGCGAGCUUGUGCCGUUAGAUGGAGGCCCUGAGACUGAUUUAGAUCCAAUUGGCUGCCUCUUACCAAGCCUUGAGGCUUGGGUAGCACCCGAGACUAUUGCUGGACUUCUUGCUCUACCCGGUUACCCCGAGAACGUUUCUGCAUUACUUCCUGACACCAGAUCGCCGUCGAAUGAUGCGGUCACUAAACCAACUCCUCCAUCAUAUUGGUGA